UUCAUGUUUUCACACAGUAGGCUAGGCACACUCACACUCAUUGCUACAGUGCUAUAGGCCAUGUUGUUGCUCUCCAUCUUAUAGACUUCAGCUUCUUCUUGAGUAGAGGAACUUUUUCAGUGGGCGGAGGGAAGGAUGAAGGCAGAGCAGGAAGCUCCUCCCCCCUCCCCGGGACUGGAGGGUUCGGCGAUCCGGUGUCGGGAAGUGUGUCGGUCGUACGGGAAACUCAAAGUCCUGAGUAACCUCAACUUGACCGUGAAACAGGGAUACAUCUACGGCCUGCUGGGUCCGAGUGGGUGUGGAAAGACCACACUGUUGAAAUGCAUUCUGGGAACACUGAAGAUCUCCCGAGGGCACAUCAGCGUGUUGGGGAAGCCACCCGCAUUUCCUGGUCACCAGGUCCCUGGGAGGAUGGUGGGGUACAUGCCACAGGACCUGGCGUUGUACAAUGAAUUUUCUAUCAGUGACACCCUGACGUUCUUCGGCCGGAUCCACGGCCUGUCAACUAUGGACACCCAGGCACGCAUGGACUUCCUGGUGGACUUCCUGGACCUACCUCACAACAGCAGCCUGGUUGGAAAACUCAGCGGAGGACAGAAACGGAGGGUGUCUCUAGGAGCAGCCUUACUUCAAAACCCCCAGUUAUUGAUUCUGGAUGAACCCACAGUCGGGGUGGACCCUGUGCUGAGAGCCAAGAUCUGGCAGCAUCUAGUAGAUAUUGUGAAAACUGGAAAAGUGUCGGUCGUCAUCACCACUCACUACAUAGAGGAGGCCAGGCAAGCCAAUGUGGUGGGUCUGAUGAGGAAUGGCCGACUGUUGGCCGAGGGGGAACCAGAAACCUUGAUGAAACAGAACAGUGCUGCAACCCUGGAGAAAGCCUUCCUGCAGCUGUGUGAGACCUCAGACCAGGUGAGCUCCAAACACUGCACCUACCCUCAGGGCGGGGUUCUAGAGAGCAGCCAAUCACUCGAGGGCGGCCCGGAAGAGAGUCUGCCAAUCCUGGGUGUCGGGCCGGGACCAGUAGAAGAGCUGCCCAAAUACUCAGCGGACUGGAAGGUACGAGUCAGGCAUGUGAUGCCAAAGUGGAGGAACAUAGCAGCUCUGAUUAUCAAGACCACGGUGAGGAUGAAGAGGAUGCCCGGGUCCCUGUUUUUCCAGUUCCUGCUGCCAGUCAUGCAGAUCUCUCUGAUGUGUCUGUGUAUCGGAGGAGACCCCAAAGGAAUACAGGUGGCUGUGGUCAACAAUGAGACCUCCUCCAGCUCCUUCAGCCAAUCCCUGCUCUCCUUCCUGGACAACUCAAGCGUGCAACAGGUGAACCUGUCCCACGCCGAUGCUUUUGCAGGGGCCUAUAACGGAGAGUACUGGGGCGUCAUCGGGUUUGGAAAGAAUUUCACCAGCUACCUGACCAAGAGGAUGACCCAGCGCCAGGUCUCUAAGGAGGUAGUGGAUGGAGGAUCGGCGCAUGUCUGGCUGGACCUGACCAAUCGACAAAUCGCCUUAAUGCUUCAGAAAAAAAUUCACGAUGCCUUUGAGGGUUUCGUCCAGUAUAAGAUGGGUAGCAGGUCUUACCUGCUCUCUCUUCCUGUCAAGUUUGAGGAGCCCAUCUAUGGCAGCCUGAACUCAGACUUCACCACGUUUGUGACACCAGGAGCCGUUCUGAGCAUCACUUUCUACCUGGCAGUGGGCUUGACUGCUCUGUCCUUCGUGAUCGAGAGGAAGGAGGGACUAAUGGAAAGGUGCUGGGUCUCAGGUGUGAGUUCAAUGGAGACCGUGCUGGCGUAUCUCAUCUCCCAGUUGAUUAUCAUCAGCGUCCAGAUCUUUCUACUACUGCUCCUAAUGCUGCUUGUCUUCAAGAUUCCUAACGAGGGGAACCUGGUGUUGGUGAUUGCUCUGAUUGUGCUGCAGGGUGUAACAGGCACUUCCUUUGGUCUGGUCAUCUCAUCCGCCAUCGAUGAUGAACAGAACGCAACCCAAGCUGCCCUUGGUAUAUUCUACCCCAAUCUUAUCGUCAGUGGUAUAAUCUGGCCUGUGGAGUGCAUUCCCUAUCCACUACGUUACAUCAGUCUGGCCCUGCCCCAGACCUACGCUUCUGAAGCCCUACGAUGCAUCAUGUACAGAGGCUGGGGUCUCUCCAGGAUGAUUGUGUGGCGAGGCUUCGCUGUCACCCUGGGCUGGAACACUUUCUUCGUCAUCCUGGCCAUCGUCAUCCUCAAGCUGAGGAUGUGAGACGCCUACCCAGGGAAGAUGUGUGCAUAUAUAGUGUAUGUGAGUGUGUGUGGGUUUUGUGUGGGAGUGUCAAUGUAGUGAGUGUGUAUAUAGUGU